GUCGUGCCGCGCGCGGGGGCCUGCUGAGGGACGCGCGGAGCCGCACGGACAGUAGCAAGCACGUUGUUAGUGGGCGCGGCUGGAGGGCCCGGGAGGGUGCCGGCGGUAGGGGCGGGGAGCGAGCGUUCGCCUGAGCCCCUGGAGUUCCGGCACCCUGACCCACGUUUAUCAGGUCACUCUGGAAAUAACAGGAUUUAUUUCAGUCCAUUUAUAAGAUUUCUUUAUGCACUGUUUUGAUUUGGCUCAUUAUUCACCCAGCAUGCUUUUGAUUCUCCUGGUUUGGCUUAUACUUUUGUCAGUGUGAGAAAAUGGAGUAGUAACUUGCAAGUUUUCUAAAGUAACGUCUCUCUAGAAGCUGAAAUCCAUCAAUCACUGUUCUUCAAAAUGCAAUGGAAUGUACCAAGGUCUGUAUUCCGACUGGCACAUAGGACAUGUGUGGAACCAUAUAAAGCCAGUCUUUUUGGACACUGUCAAAACAUGAAGGGACCAUUACAUUUGUAUAAAGCUGAAUCCAGAGUAGUUUUGGUACAGGACCCUCAAAAACGAUGGCUGCAUUUAUCUGCUGUCCCGUGUGUUGCAAAGGAAAGGAAGCCAUUCACUGCUCAUCCACCCCAGCCAGGAGUCCUUCGCCAUAAACAGUGGGAGCAAGAUAUUUUAUCCAAGAGGGUUAUGUCAUCCAGUGCCACCUCCCCUGGAACUCCUUCAGAAAAAAAGGAAGAACCUGAUCCUUUGCAAGACAAAUCUAUUAGUCUUUAUCAACGAUUUAAGAAAACAUUUAGACAAUAUGGAAAAGUUUUGAUUCCAGUGCAUCUAAUAACUUCUGGUGUUUGGUUUGGAACAUUUUAUUAUGCAGCCAUAAAAGGAGUGAAUGUCGUUCCUUUUCUAGAAUUCAUUGGGUUACCUGACAGCAUAGUAAGCAUUCUGAAAAAUUCCCAGAGUGGAAAUGCACUAACAGCAUAUGCCUUGUUUAAGAUUGCAACACCUGCCCGAUAUACUGUGACUUUGGGUGGAACCUCGUUCACUGUGAAGUAUUUGCGUAGUCGAGGCUACAUGUCGACACCGCCUCCUGUCAAGGAAUAUCUUCAAGACAGGAUGGAAGAGACCAAGGAGCUUCUCUCAGAGAAAAUGGAAGAAACAAAGGAUAGACUCACUGAAAAAUUACAGGAAACCAAAGGAAAAGUUUCUUUUAAGAAAAAAAUGGAAUAGGGUGCCUUAUAUAUCAGGUGACAGACAAUUUCUGCACUUUAACCCUUUGGAAACUAUGGACAAAGAUACAUACAUGCUCCUGAUUAGAUUUUUUUUUUUAUUAGUUGCCUAAAUACACCAGUUCUCUGAGGGUUAAAGACCUAAGAUACCUUUUUAAAGUUGAGUAUUACUAGAAAAAUUAGUGUUUUUUGAAAAGAAAAAUGGAACCCAGUAUAAGAAUUUUAACACCAGUAGCAGCAUUAAGCAGUGGUUUGUGUCUUCGUAAGUCAGAGCUCUUUUUUCAGGGUCUUCAGAAUCCUACUUGCUUUGUGUUUUGUUGCAGCAGAUGGAGCAGUUGACUCCUUGAAUAACUGAUAUGGCCCUAGGCAGGGUGUUAACACUGGGUUUUCAUCUUUAUGUUAUUCAUUGAGCUUUUAACUCUGUUCAUUUCUUAAUGUGGAGACCAAUAUUAUCAUCACAACUGCCAGUGAAUAAGAGGAUAUUUAGUGUUUCUUUAAAAACCGUAUAUAACAGUUAUCUCUACCAGUUAAAAUACACAUUUUAUAUGAAGGAAGUUAAAUAAAGAUUGAGUCAUAUAUCUGUAAAUAAGAUGUAUUGGUUACAUGUAAGUGAAAAAAGUGACCCUUUAAAAAAUGACUUUUACCCAAAGCUUGUCAAAAUCAGUUUUUUUUUAAAGCAAAUACAUAUAUCUAUGGUACUUUUUCACCUAAAACAUAAUCUCUACUUUGAAUCAUUUGUGUUCUCUCCAACUAUUUUUCAGAGGAAAUGUGAGAAUAAUAUUAUACCUUAAGUUUAUUGUUGAAAUCAAAUAUCCUUAAGCCAUGACUCAGGUUUGCGGUUCUCGAGCAGAUGCAGGUGUGGGAGGAUGGAAGGUUCUGUCAGGUUGUUCCAAAGCCGACUCACUCCUGCCGUGUGGCAGGCCUUUUGUCUCCACAGGCCGACACUCUCAGUGUCUGUUUCAGAGUUAAUGUUGAUUUCAUUGUGCAGUAAAUUUUUAAAUUGUAGCUGCUUUUUCCCUUAUCCUGAAAUAUCUUUUUCCCUUAUAUUGAAAUAUGCGUGAGCAUUUUACUUGAAUUUUUUUUAAUAGCAAAAUUGUCAUUAAAUUAUCUGCUUGGAAUGAAAUUCAGCCAUUGUCAGAUGUGAGUUGCCAUGAUUGUGUGUUUGAGGAUGUGUCUGUUUCUUUUGCUCUAACUGCUUUUACUUCAUUUCUAACUCUUGAGUUGAUACUCAGAAGACAGGAUGGCCUCUUUCUAGACCUAUCAUUGUUUUGAGCGAUGUGAUAAGGCAGGAAAAUGUCCGAGGGACUUCCAGAAGCAUUCUGGUAGGGAAUCACUGCUGUUGGGCAGGAUUUUUGUACUAAAUAUUUAGUUUGGCCAAAUUUAGAGAAUAAUUUAAAAGAAAAAAAUGUUUGCAUUUGAUACAUCUAAUCAUUAUGUUGGAACACUUCACAAGUUAAUGCUUUUUUCGGGGGAGGGGCAGGGCAGAGCAGCCAAGGGGCCCGCUGUUGCUCUGCCACACACACUCUUGAUCAGGCAGAAUGGUUUGGUCUCCUGAUACACAGCUGAAGCAAUGAUUUCAGAUUGACAGCACGUUUCAAGUCUAAACACCAUUUCCAUGUUUUAGCUUGCUUAUUCACAUUGUUGCAGAUACUAAAUGCUAAAAUAUUAACAAAUUUCUUGUUUCUUUUUUUUUUUUGACCACUUGAGACUGUGCGUUUGUUUUAACAUCUUAUAUGAAACGCUUCUGAAACAAUUUACUUUUCAUAUUACACAGGGUAUAUUUUCCAGUAGGGUUAAAAUUUGGUUUCUUAGUAGUCACUGAUAACCCUGAGACUAAAAUUUACCUUUCCUGACUGUCGACCAUUUGAGUUUUGUUACUUUCCAAUUUUGUUAUUGUGUUUAUCCAGUUAUAGAAAGUGAGUUGCUGAUGUGUGCUUUGAAAUUCUCUAGUAAAAUGUUCUCUGAA